GCGGGGCCGCGCGACCGCGGGGGGCGGAGCCGCGCCUGCGCGCCGCGGUGCGAGUGUCCGACCUUCAGCAGCACCGCUCCGCCAUCAUGUUCUCCCGGGCCGGCGUCGCGGGGCUCUCGGCCUGCGCCGUGCAGCCGCAAUGGAUCCAAGUUCGAAAUAUGGCAACUUUGAAAGAUAUUACCAGGAGACUGAAGUCCAUCAAAAACAUUCAGAAAAUCACCAAGUCCAUGAAAAUGGUGGCAGCUGCCAAAUACGCCCGAGCUGAGAGGGAGCUGAAGCCAGCGCGUGUGUACGGGACAGGGUCUUUGGCUCUCUAUGAAAAAGCUGACAUCAAAGCCCCUGAGAACAAGAAGAAGCACCUUCUCAUUGGUGUGUCCUCGGACCGAGGACUGUGCGGGGCUAUUCACUCUUCGGUGGCUAAGCAAAUGAAGAAUGAGGUGGCCAACCUGACGGCAGCUGGGAAAGAAGUUAUGAUCGUUGGCAUCGGUGACAAAAUCAGAGGGAUACUUCACAGGACUCACUCUGACCAGUUUCUAGUGACCUUCAAGGAAGUGGGGAGAAAGCCCCCAACCUUCGGAGAUGCAUCGGUCAUCGCCCUUGAAUUACUGAAUUCUGGAUAUGAAUUUGAUGAAGGGUCUAUCAUCUUUAAUCGAUUCAGAUCUGUCAUUUCAUACAAAACAGAAGAAAAGCCUAUCUUUUCGUUUGAUACCAUUGCAAAUGCUGAGAACAUGAGUAUCUAUGACGACAUUGAUGCUGAUGUGCUGCAGAACUACCAGGAAUAUAAUCUGGCCAACAUCAUCUACUACUCCCUGAAGGAGUCGACCACGAGCGAGCAGAGUGCCAGGAUGACGGCCAUGGACAACGCUAGCAAGAAUGCUUCGGAGAUGAUCGACAAGCUCACUCUGACCUUCAACCGCACCCGCCAGGCCGUCAUCACCAAGGAGCUGAUCGAGAUCAUCUCGGGCGCUGCUGCUCUGUAAAGGAAGAAAAUUCAGCACACUGAUUAUGGAUUGAACAUAUUGCUGUCCUCUUCAAAAGAAAUGUUUGGGCUGUUGAGUUAUAAGGACAGCAGAUCUUUGUAAAUUAUCUUACAAUAAACGACUUCCAAUAAGAAAAUCACUGUGCUUUUUAAGAA